AUGAUGGAGAUGAUGGAGAUGAUGGAGAUGAUGGAGAUGAUGGAGAUGAUGGAGCUGAUGAUGGAGAUGAUGGAGAUGAUGGAGAUGAUGGAGAUGAUGGAGCUGAUGAUGGAGAUGAUGGAGAUGAUGAUGAUGGAGAUGAUGGAGAUGAUGGAGAUGAUGGAGAUGAUGGAGAUGAUGGAGAUGAUGGAGAUGAUGGAGAUGAUGGAGAUGAUGGAGAUGAUGGAGAUGAUGGAGAUGAUGAUGGAGAUGAUGGAGAUGAUGGAGAUGAUGGAGAUGAUGGAGAUGAUGGAGAUGAUGGAGAUGAUGGAGAUGAUGGAGAUGAUGGAGAUGAUGGAGAUGAUGGAGAUGAUGGAGAUGAUGGAGAUGAUGGAGAUGAUGGAGAUGAUGGAGAUGAUGGAGAUGAUGGAGAUGAUGGAGAUGAUGGAGAUGAUGGAGAUGAUGGCCCAUACACGCUCGUCUGCCUUUCGUGCGCGAUUCCUCGACAAUCCCGACAAGGUGCUGAGUCAGAAUGCCUGGGAUGAUGUCGAGUGGGAUGAAGAUCGGCUGGCUGAGGCCAAGGCCAAGGUGGCGGCGGAUGAGGUGACGCUGUCAGAGGAAGAGAUCCGGGCGCUGGAUGAUGAUGCUGGGCAGCACUGGGAUGUGUUCUACGCUAAGAACGGAAGCCGGUUCUUCAAGGAGCGCAACUAUCUCCAUCUGGAGUUUCCUUUUCUGGUUGCGCCGCCGGCCGAGGGCGCCGGGCCGAACGUGCUGCUGGAAGUCGGAUGCGGGACGGGGGCAUCGGUGUAUCCGCUGGCGCGGCAGGCGCCGAAUCACCUGGUCGUCAAGUGCUUCGACUUUGCGCCGACGGCGGUUGAGGUGCUCAAGUCGAACCCCGACUAUGCGGCGCUGGGCUCGAUCGACGCAUUUGUGUGGGACAUUGCCAAGGAUCCGGUACCGGUGGAUCACCUCGCGCCCAACUCGGUCGACUUUGUGCUGCUCAUUUUUGUGCUCUCGGCCAUCAAGCCCGACGACCUCGCUGGGGUGCUCGACAAGCUGUACUCUGUGGUCAAGCCCGGCGGUCGGCUCAUCAUCCGUGACUACGGGCGGUAUGACCUUGCACAGCUGCGGUUCAAACCGGGCCGCAAGCUCGACGACCACUUCUACGUCCGCGGCGACUCGACACAGGUCUACUUUUUCACCAAGGAGGAGCUUGCCAAGGCCUUUGAGACCGCCGGCUUUGCCGUGGUCAACAACACCUACGACCGCCGGCUCAUUGUCAACCGUAAGAAGCAGCAGACAAUGUAUCGGGUCUGGUUGCAGUCGAUGUUUGUCAAGCCCGAGGCCGAGGCGUCCCAGUAG